UUGUAUAAAAUAUAGCAACGACUUGCUUUGUUGUUAAAUAUUCAGUUAAUAUACCACAAGGACAUCUUUGUAGCAAAAAAUAAAAAAAUAAAAAGGUAAAAAUUUAAAAGAUUGUACUGGUGGACUAGAAGCUUCUUUUUAGAGAAUGUCUUACUUUACUAAUCCCAAUUGUAAAACCCUACCCUCAUUCACGCGCCAUUAUUUUGCUUUCAUCCCGCCACCGUUCUCGUUCUCCGGCAAAGUAAUCUAGCCACUAAUUCUCACCGCAUCGCUGCAACUCUAUCUUUCUAUUGCAUUAUUAAGUAAAAAUAAUAAAAAUUGAAGUCAAAUAAACCAGUAGAAAGAUGUGGGUGUCGAUAAUAUUGAGGGUGUCGAACAUUACUGGUGAAUGUUCCUUCUAGCCGUUGCGUUUUCGUAUUUAAUCUCAGGAACCAGUAAUAUUUGAUCUCAAGUAGUAGCAGUUGACGAGGCUUAGUGUUUUGAUCACGUACUUCAUUGGUCAAAGAGAUUGAAGUAGCAUAAUAGAAAUUGAUUACCUCUCUAAUUGUAAAAGGGCCAUAUUGUAGGACCUCGCAACAAAGAUGGAAAAGGUGCUAUAGGGAAUCGAGAAAGCAUAAGACUUCAGAAUCAGAAUCCAAUUGAAUGCAAUUGCAAUAUCAUGCGGCUCAAGGUGCCGAAUCCUGCAAAUCAACAUCAAACUGACAAAUUCUGUGAGACCACUCCUCGUGACCCUCCUACGUUGCAUCAGGAAGAGCACAUUAAUAUGGACAUGGAAAAUAAUAAUAUGAACACUGAUUUUGAAUCCGGAUUUUUUUCAUCUAAUGAUGAUGUUGGCGAACAACUUGGAAAGAGGAAAAGGAUGAACAACUUAAAUGCAAGGAUAUCAAAAGCUAUUGUAGCAAAUAUUGUUGUGCAUGACCCUGUCCAAAGAAGGGACGAGUUCAAUGCAGAGAAUGGUAGAACAGAAACUCUACAAUGUGACAACCAAACAAGUUUAUCACACUCAGUAGUCAAUGAAGAUCCUUCUCAAAAUGGUGAAGCUACAAGCAAAUUGAAAAAAAGAGGAGACAGAGGAAAGUACAAAAGUUUUGUUGUUGAUAUGAAGCUGAAAGGACAGAAAUCUAAGCUGAAAGUUUUCAUUCCGGAUGACAUUGAUCGUGCAAUUGGUGAAAAUGCACGUCAUUUAGUUAAUGAAUGUGGUCGUGUGGUGAGAACAAGGGCUCCUUUAAAUGUAAAAAAUUGGAAAGAAGCAUUUGCAAAGGCUGGUGAUGCAAUGUGGAGAGAAAUUCAGGAUAAGUUUGAAAUUAAGGAAGGUAGCUCUUACAUUAAGAUGCAAGCCUUUUCAAUCGACUCUAUGCAGCGCCUUUAUAGGUUAUACAAGACUCGAUUGUACUAUUAUUACAAAAGUAAAGCUUGUGGACAGACUGAAGAAGAGCGAUUAAAAUUCCACCUCCAGACUUACCAAAAGAGCAAUGGGAAUACUGCGUAGCACGAUUUGGGUCUGAUGAUUUCAAGAAAGUAAGUGAAAGAAAUUCCAGAAAUCGCUUGUCUAAGAAUAGAACAACACAGACUACUGGAAACUUAUCAUUUGCUGAUGUCGAAGAUAUUCUGACUCAAGAAAACAAUGGAGUUAAGCCACCUGCUGAUGUUAUUUGGCUUAUGGAGCAUACAAAAGAAAAUGACGAGGGCGUUUUGGAGUGGGCUGAUGAAUCUCGUUCGAAGGAGAUACAUAUAUGUUAAAAUUAUAAAGUGACGAUGUAAUGUGUUGUGUUAGUUGUAUGAAUGUUAACAUAUUUUAACUUCAAAUUUAUGUUUUUGGUUAGGAACAAUUAAAAGUUGUUGUUGCUGCACAUGGUGAAUCAAAGACUCAAGAAGAGAUUCUUCUAGAUGUUUUGAAACCAAGAUCAGGGUACUUUCGUGGAAAGGGAACUGCCUUGCCUGGCUUCAGCAAAGGAAGACAUCAAUUAGAGCAUCAAAGCUUAAUACGUGAGCAGCAAAAGAAAAUUCAGGAGCAACAAGAAUUAAUUAAGGAGUUGCAAGAGAAUCAGGAAAGAACUACCAAACAAUUAGAAGAGACUCAGGAAGCAACAGCAAAACAAUUACAACAACAAAAGGAGGAGACACAACGUGCAAUGAAGGAAGAAUUACUCAGAGCACUUGGUAAUAGAGUUGCAAGUUAAACAUCAAAUAUUUCCGGGUUAUGUUGGAAAAGUAUUAGUAAAUGCAUGGAGAAAGUGUGCAGAUGAUAUGUAGUAUAGGUUUUAUUUUGCACAACGACUACUUGUUGGACAUGACUUAGUGGAAAGAUGGUUUACUCUAUUAUGGUUGUACAUUGGUGGGAUGACUAGAAAAUUAGCCUUUUGGAACAAAGAUGGAUGUAAUCUUUUGGGAGAAGUCAUGUUUAAUGUUGACUUGGACUAUUAGAUGUAUAUAUUUAUCUAAUCUUUUGGAUAUAAUCACUUGUGUUAUGUUAAAUAUUACACAUGUUAAAUAGAUAUUAACUUAUUAGCAA